AUGAAACUCACCUACAAGUCUUCUGACGUCCGCAACGCCUCUUUCGAGGACGAGAGCGGCCAAAUCAUGUACUGGGCCAACACUCCACGUGGAGUCGGCUCGCGCACAAGCAAGAUCGUCAAGGCGCAGCCUCGCAGUUCGCCGGAUCAGAACCUGCAAGGUUCCGUGGUCGGCGAAGUCGAGUGGGGUUUUGGCCACGACAAGCUCCGCUUCAAUGGUGGUCAGGAGGUACGAGCGAGCGAUUACAUGCCCUCACACCGUUUUAUGUGGAGAUAUCGAACAUUUACUGCACCAGAUCAGGGGGAAUACAGUUGGCUCUUGAGUGAUGAUAAGUGCGAGCUUCGGUCAAAAGAUCAGCGUACCAUUGCUGUGUCGCACCCUCCAAAGAAGCACCUGUUCAGCGAGAACGAAUUGCCGUACCUCGAAGUGCUAUCAGGAGGCGAUCACAUCAUCGAUACGAUCGUCUUCACGUUCGUGUUCGUUGACCACGUUCGCAAGACGAAGAGCGGCCAUUACAAGGCGGCAACCAGGGUCUUCAAACCUGUAGGGUGGACCACCUUCAUUGAUCAGAACGGCGUCGCGCUAUACAGAACCGACAUGCCGUGGAAGAAAUUGCUCACAACGACGAUCAUCUACAAGGAGGGCGCACCCAAUUCCAGUGAGAAGGUUACAUCCGACACGACGAUUGGCGAGAUCAAGUGGUGCUUCAUCCGCCGCAAGAUCACGAUCAACGGAGAGCAGAUGGACGUAGACAAGUUCCUGGUUCCGGCCAAAGGGAAACUAACAGAUGUAUUCAAGAAGCGAACGUUCCGAGGUCCCGACGGUACGAUGUACGAAUGGACCGUAAGCAAGGACUUGUACUCAAACGAGCUUCGCAUAAAGGACAGGGACUUACUGAUAGCAAAGCUGCAACAACCGAAGAAUAUCUUCAAACAGAAGCCGACUCUUGAGAUAUAUGCAGAGGCUGACCCUAUUCUUGACCUUCUCAUUACGACAUUCGCAUUCGUUGAUAUGGAGCGGAAGAUCCAGCUGGGUGCUCUCAAACUUCCUAUGAUGUGAUUGGAGGGUCAUCUCCGACUUGAUUUCAUUGUUGUGCCACAUAUGGGACAUUCAGCUCGUAAUUUAUUACUUUCUUCUCAUAUUUCAUUGUCAUCAGUCGAUACAUAAUCACUACGCUCAUGAACAUCAACUUAACUAACCAAUGGAGACGGUGUGAUUCGAGGCCGAGUUCUUACCGUCCGCGAUCAAAAUGACUUCUUCUCAUCUUUGUUGUUCCUACGAAUGUGUUCGACGAAAACAAAAGUCGUUAUGAUCAGGUGAACCAUGUGUAUACCCGCAGGGAGGAUCUCAAACGUGGGCGGAUUAGUCCUGAGGGAACGAGCUACGGGGUUACCUCCCUUGGUUUGAAGCUGGCGAUAGUGAUGGGCACGGGAAGUUAUGAAAACGAGCAUCGCAGAAGUACGCACCUCGCACGUGUCUUGGCCUAGAAUCCAUCGGUACUCGCAGUUACCGGGACCAGUGAGAAUGCGAGUUCUGCACCGCGAUACAUAGCACCCCAGUCCAGGGAAACCCAGGUCAGCUACACACAUGCGCGUCAUGUUUGAGCGCACCUUUUCGUAUGACCUACCGCAGGAAGGAACUUCUGUGCGGGUACCUCCUGGUUCCCGAAGGUGAGCACAUGCUGGUCAAAGCCCCAAGAAAUUCUAGCAAUGACAGUGCCAUCUUCGAUUGGCGAGUCUCGUUCCACUCUUAUGAUAGUUGAGAGGCGAGUUCCGUCUUCUUGGAACUCGGUGACGACACUGAAGAGGAGUUGACCGUCCUCGUCUGUAAACCAAGUAUUGAGGACGUCGGUGUUCCAGGCCUUGUAAGUGAGGAGCAUGACUAGAGCGAAGGAAAGGGCAAGGUCGGCAGACAGAAGGC